AUGACGUUUUGUGCAGGCAUAGUUAUUGCCUGGUAUGUCACCGAGACGGCAAUCCCCGACCACGUUGUAACAGAACUACAGGCAUAUCUUGCUACCAGAGUCAACUCACAGGAUGGAGGCUGGGGUCUGCAUACGACUGGUGAGAGCAACAUUUGCGGCACCACCAUCAAUUACAUUGUCAUGAGAAUUGCUGGCAUGUCUCCUUAUCACCCCAUUCUUAUUCGAGCGAGAGAGUUUAUUCACUCUCACGGCGGUGCCCUAUACUCGUUGGUCUGGGGGAAGCUGUGGAUGGCCAUCCUGGGCAUUGUUGACUGGGAUAUUGUCCACCCGAUGCCUGCAGAAAUUUGGCUGCUCCCCGAGUAUGUGCCCUUUCAUCCUUGGAGGUUCUACGUCGAGAUGAGGCUGGCCGGUCAGCCCAUGUCCUACCUGUAUUCGACCAGGUGGAGAUGCAAAGAGACCGAUCUUAUCAAGUCGCUCCGAGAAGAACUUGUUGCUCGGCUAUACGGAGAGAUUGACUGGGAACGACACAGGACAACUGUCUCCAAGGCAGACUACAAACAGCGCAGGUCACGGAUCGUUGAUGGCAUAAACUGGGCAUACGUUAAUAUUUGGAAGCCUUAUCUGCUUCCUGACUUUAUUAAAUCCAGGGCAGAGGACUGGCUGGGCGAGCUGAUUGAUAUGCAAGCAAGAAAUACGUAUCACGGAGGCAUCGCCGCAGCCGACCAGCCAAUGUCAACCAUUGUAUCCUACUCCCGAGACGGCGCAAAGUCGUCGUCCUUGACCAAAUACGUCGAUAAAAUGCAAGAAUUUCUCUGGAUGACCGGGGACGGCAUGCUGGUCAACAGUACCAACGGCAGCCAGUCCUGGGACACUGCCUUCAUUGUUCUUGGCAUCUGCGCAGCCGGCCUACAUCAAAAUGAACGCUGGAGACGGAUAUGUGUGAAGGCUCUAGGGUGUUGGACUUUUAGCAAUAAGUACCAGGGCUAUGCCGUCAGUGACUACACGGCUGAGGCGAUCAAGGCCAUUAUUCACCUCCAAACCACUGCACAUUAUCCUACCCUGUUAGACGAUGAGCGAAUAUUCGAUGCUGUGGAUUCCAUGAUUCUGUAUCAGAACAGCACCGGGGGCGUUUCCGCCUUUGAGGCACGAAGGGGAAGCCCAUAUCUUGAGCUGCUCAACCCCACGGAAAUUUUUACCCGGAACAUGGUCGAGCAAGACUACCCAGAGUGUACGUCGUCGUGCAUCACAGCGUUGGCCCUAUUCAGAGAAUACUGGCCACAGUACAGGACCCAAGACAUUGCAAAGUUUAUACAGCGCGGAGUCGAGUGGAUCAAGUCGGACCAGCGAGCUGAUAGUUCGUGGUACGGAAGUUGGGGCAUUUGCUAUACUUAUGGCACCAUGUUUGGCUUGGAAGCGCUGGCUGCUGUUGGUGAGACGUAUGAGAAUAGUUUAAACGCCCAAAAGGCCUGCGAUUUUCUCAUUUCGAAGCAGCGACAAGACGGAGGGUGGUCGGAAAGCCUACAGGGCUGCGCGGACCAAAGAUAUACUGAAAGCCCACAAGGCUCACUUGUUGUCCAGACGGCCUGGGCUCUCAUCGCGUUGAUGGCAGGCGAGUACCCGGCCGUGGAGCCGAUCAAACGUGGUGUCAAGCUGCUCAUGAGCCGCCAGCAAGACAAUGGCGAAUGGCUGGAGGAGGAGAUUCUGGGCGCUUUUCACGGGUUUUGUUCAUUUUCAUACCCCAACUACAAGUUUUCCUUUACCAUCCGCGCUCUAGGUACUUUUGCGACAAGAUACCCGGACGAAAAGGUUGCAGAAUAA